CUGAUCCCAACACUUCACAGCGACUUUAGAAACUUUGCUUUCAGUCCUGAAGUAGCGUUUCACACCCGACUACAAAGCAACAUUUCAUCCAAGCUGAAAGGAAAGAAGCAAACUGUCUGCUCCUCGCUCUCGCUUGCUCCUCUACACUUUAGGGAUUGAUUCUAACUCCAAUGACCUCUCAAGUGUUAGCUUUAGAGCUAUUUUCUUCUUCUGACUUAUUAUCUCAAGGAUUCUCAGUUUUACUCAGGAUUGUUGCACCUGCUGGGCGUUAGGAGACGGCCAGUCGCCCAGGAAGGAGAUUCUAAAAGGAUUAAAAAGAAGUAACAGAGGAAUCACUGAAGUCCAAAUCCUACUGGAAUAAUACAAGGCUUAAAGAUACUCACAGUAACCAUAUUGGUAACUGAGCACUGAGCAUUGUUUCAUCAAAACAAGUUGCAGGAGCAGCACAGACAACCUGUAACACGAUGGGUGACGUAGAUGCAAUCGAGAGCGGGAAGCAGGAGUACACUCUGAGGCCACGCAACCGGGACUGGAAGGAGAGAACCAAGGUGUGGUUCAAGACCAACCUUCUUAUCAUCUUCACCAUAGCGUCAGUACUUUGCGGGAUCUUCCUUGGGAUAGGUUUGAGGUCCGCAGAGCCUUCUAAAGAUGCCAUCCUCCUCAUCGGUUUCCCUGGUGAUGUACUCAUGAGGAUGCUGAAGAUGCUGAUUCUCCCUCUUAUCGUCUCAAGCUUGAUCACAGGUCUAACGGGCCUUGACGCCAAAUCUAGCGGAAAGUUAGGCGGGAGGGCGCUUCUCUACUACUUCUGCACGACCUGCAUCGCCGUCAUCAUUGGAAUCAUCCUGGUAGUAGCCAUCCGCCCCGGGAGAGAGAACAUCAAGAAGAAUCUCGGAGACGGUAACCAAGUGAAGGAGCUCACCACCCUGGAUGCGUUCCUAGACCUCCUCAGGAAUUUCUUCCCAACAAAUUUGGUGCAAGCUUGCUUCCAACAGACACAAACAUAUCAGGAAGACGCAGACGUUAUUGAGAAAAGGCUUGUUAAUAGCACGCUUUUAAACUCCACACUUUCCUACAGCGGAGCCGCUGCAGAUAAUGUUACAGGUCCUGUGAAUGUCACAUAUGAAUACAUCACCGUCGGUACAGAAAUCGUUCGCAAGCAGGGAUUCAAGAAUGGCAUGAACGUACUUGGAAUCAUCGCUUUCUGCAUCUUUUUUGGUAUUCUUCUGGGCCAGAUGGGAGAGCGUGGUCGUGUUAUGGUCCAGUUCUUUGACAUCCUCUCUGACCUCACCAUGCAGAUGGUCAACAUCAUUAUGUGGUACUCACCUAUUGGCAUCAUGAGCCUGAUCUGUGCUAAGAUCCUUGAUAUGGACAACCCUGCUAUGGUCUUCUCUAACCUGGGUCUCUACAUGGUGACUGUCUUGCUGGGGCUGGUCAUCCAUCUGGCCUGUCUCAUGACCAUAUACUUCACCAUCACUCGCAAGAAUCCCUUCACAUUCUUCAGAGGUCUCCUACAGGCCUGGCUCACUGCUCUCGCUACAUCCUCUAGCUCUGCGACUCUCCCAGUCACAUUCCGUUGCCUGGAGGAGAACCUAGGUAUUGACAAGAGGGUGACACGCUUUGUGCUGCCCAUUGGAGCAACAGUUAACAUGGACGGUACUGCACUCUACGAAGCAGUAGCAACUAUCUUUAUCGGUCAGCUCAAUGGCUAUACUUUGACCAUUGGCAAAAUCAUCACAAUUAGCUUAACAGCAACCCUAGCGAGUGUUGGAGCUGCCAGCGUACCCAGUGCAGGUCUCAUCACUAUGCUCCUGGUUCUUACAGCUGCAGGCUUUCCUGUUGAAGACGUCAGUUUGCUUUUUACCGUCGACUGGUUCUUGGAUCGUUGCCGUACAUCUAUCAACGUUGUGGGUGAUUCUUACGGAGCUGCCAUUGUGCAUCAUCUUUCUAAGAAGGAGUUAGAGGCAAUCGAUAGAGAGGAAGCCGAGAUGGAGCUGGAAGGUGGCAAGGACACUGAAUACACUGCUAACGGCAAGCCAGAGAUGAGAGAUGGUAAUGCUGUAGCCGACAUUGAGAAGAAAGAUGGCGACAACUGGGAGUCUGGAUUCUAGACUAUGCCCCUUGUUACAAGCCAUACCUACCCCUGUAUACCAAUACAGGCAGUUUUUGUGUACAUUUGUAUUUUUUCUGUUUUCUUUUUUUUAUAUAUAUAUUAUAUAUAUCUAUAGAUAUAUAUGUAUAUAUAUAUAUAUUUUGGCAAGUCUUUGAAGAAUAAGAUGGAAUUUUGUUGUUGAUGGCAACAAGAUAUUGUUAGAAGGCAUGAGUUGAAAUCACUUAGCUUGCAUCACUAUGGAGACUUCCAGGUGCAAGGAAGGGAGCAACAAUGAAAGGAGAUGUGAAAAUAAUGAUCAUGUGACCAUUAUUGCAUUGUGGGUAAAUGUGUAGGUACGGAGCUUUAGUGACAAGAUUGGAUGUAUGAAAAGUAAAACCACUUUAGAAAGAGAGAGAGAGCAGGAAAGGAAAGAAAGAAAGAGAGAGAAAUGAGAUAGAGAGAGGGGAGUAAAGAAUGGC